CGACAAAGCAAUACAAAAUAGCCCUCACUCUCUAUAAUUAAACUCUCUCUGUACCGCACUUCAAAAUCCACCCCAAUUCAUUCCUAUCUUUACCUUUUUUUUUCAACCUUCUUUCCCUUUCCAACUCAUUCCAAUAACAAUGCCGCGAAACUUCGCGGUAUGUUUAGCAAUCGGUGCGGUCCUUGUCGCCAUUGCUGGCGCUGAGGAUCCGUACCGAUUCUUUACAUGGAAUGUGACUUAUGGUGAUAUCUAUCCCCUUGGUGUCCGUCAACAGGGCAUUUUGAUUAAUGGACAGUUUCCUGGGCCAGACAUUCAUUCUGUUACAAAUGAUAAUCUUAUUAUCAAUGUUUUCAACAGCUUAACCGAGCCAUUUCUUGUAUCCUGGAAUGGAAUUCAACAAAGGCGAAAUUCAUUUGAAGACGGGGUUUAUGGCACAACAUGUCCAAUUCCACCGGGUAAAAACUUCACAUACAUUCUUCAAGUCAAGGAUCAAAUUGGAAGCUUUUACUAUUUCCCUUCUCUAGCUUUUCAAAAAGCCGCGGGCGGGUUUGGAGGUAUCAGGAUUCUAAGUCGUCCUAGAAUCCCUGUCCCAUUUGAUGAACCCGCCGGUGACUACACUGUUCUUAUCGGAGAUUGGUACAAAGCUAACCACACGACCUUGAGAAGAGUUCUAGAUGCAGGUCACAGGAUCCCUUUCCCAGCCGGAAUUCUCAUCAAUGGACGCGGACCAAAUGGCGCCUCUUUCAAUGUUGAACAAGGAAAAACUUACAGGCUAAGGAUAUCAAAUGUGGGAUUGCAAAACUCCCUCAACUUCCGCAUUCAAAACCACAAGAUGAAAUUAGUAGAGGUGGAAGGAACACAUACAGUCCAACAAACAUAUUCGUCUUUAGAUGUUCAUUGUGGACAGUCGUAUUCUGUGCUGUUUACAGCUGACCAACCAGGUCAAGAUUACUACAUUGUUGUGUCCUCCCGGUUCACCACACCUAUCCUCACAACAACCGGUGUACUUCACUACUCCAACUCUGCGGGCAAAGUCUCAGGGCCAAUCCCUGGUGGACCUACCAUUCAAGUCGACUGGUCUCUUAACCAGGCUCGUUCCAUCAGGACCAAUCUUACAGCAAGCGGACCUAGACCAAAUCCACAAGGUUCAUACCACUACGGCAUGAUUCCCGUUAGCAAAACCAUCAUUAUCCAAAGUUCUUCUGGUCAAGUUAAUGGCAAGCAACGAUAUGGACUCAACAGUGUCUCAUUCACCCCAGCUGACACCCCCCUCAAGCUUGCUGAUUAUUUUAACAUUGGUGGAGUUUUUCGCGUUGGAAGCAUAUCCGAUAGACCAACUGGAGGUGGCCUUUAUCAAGAUACAUCGGUUAUGGGGGCUGAUUACAGAUCUUUUGUUGAGAUUGUCUUUGAAAAUCCUUCCGACAUUGUUCUUAGCUAUCACCUUGAUGGCUACCAGUUCUUUGUUGUCGGAAUGGAUGGGGGACAAUGGACUCAAGCUAGUAGGAAUGGUUAUAACCUUCGAGAUGGGGUUGCACGUAGCACAAUUCAGGUUUACCCAAAGUCAUGGUCCGCUCUUUACGUUGCACUUGAUAAUGUGGGGAUGUGGAAUGUGAGGACUGAAUACUGGGCACGACAAUACCUCGGGGAACAAUUUUACCUACGUGUAUACACAAACUCGGGCUCCAUUAGGGACGAAUAUCCAAUCCCAAAGAAUGCACGACUAUGCGGGAAGGCAGCUGGCCGCCACACACGGCCUCUAUAAUCCAAAUAGAAUGAAAUAUCCAGAUUGGCCAUUUUGAGCCGAGUUUAGACAUGAGUUUCCACUUAGCAUAAUUAAAUUCAUUUCGGUUUGUGUAACUUAUGCUUGUGGUGCUAUGUAAGCACUACCUGAAAAGUUAGUAUAUCGCUAGAACUGUUUUAUGACCUCAUCUCAAGGUCACAAUUCUUUUUCUUCAUCUACAUUUAUAUAUAUGAGUGUACUUUUUCCUAUAUAUAAUAAUAAACAAAAUUGUAACUUUAUGACUUGUAUUUACCAGUAAAUUUAGCCAUGGAUGUUACAUUGCA